CACAAAGAAAGACAAGAGGUUCUUCUCUGUGAAUUAAACCAGUUCCAGUUUAAGUAAAAGUGAAACUCCAUUUAGUGACGAUUGGACUGUAAAAGGUUCUCAGGAGAAGAACACAGUUUACAGGUGUAACUUGUAGGAAGAGACAUGACCUCCAAAAUGAGUGUGUCUAUGGAGCAGGACAGAAAGAAAGAUGAGAGUCUGAUUCAGGGUAAGAGAUCAGACUCACCUGAACCCAGCGGUGUGUCCAUGAAGAGUGACAGGUCAAUGGAUGAUCCAAUAAACUUCAGAGACACAGACUGUGCUACUGAUCUGAGACCGCAGAAGAACAAAUCAAAAUUCACUGAGAAAAGUCAUUUGGAGGACGUAUUCAAGGAGCUGGAGCACAAAGUCAUCAGUCUGUUAAAGAAUGAGCUGAAGAGAUUUAAGAAGCUCCUGAGUCCAGAUUACCCAGCAUGCUCUGAGAGGGAGGUGGAGGAGGAGGAGGAUCAGAGCAGUGUCAGAGAGGGAGUGCUGAAGAUCACACUGCACUUCCUGAAGAACAUGAACCUCACAGAUCUCGCUAACACGCUGCAGAACAAACUCGUCUCUGUGCACCAGCGAGAACUCAAAUCCACACUGAGAGAGAAAUGUAAAAGAAUUAAUGAAGGAAUCUCACAGCCUGGAAGUUCAGCACUUCUGAAUGAGAUCUACACAGAUCUCUACAUCACAGAGGGGUGGAGUGGAGACGUCAAUAAUGAACAUGAGGUGAGACAGAUUGAGACAGCGUCCAGGAGACCAGCAGCACAGGAGACACCCAUCAAAUGUAAAGAUCUCUUUAAAGACAAGUCCAUCAGAAGAGUGCUGACUAAAGGAGUUGCUGGAAUUGGAAAAACAGUCUCUGUGCAGAAGUUCAUUCUGGACUGGACUGAAGGAAAAGCAAAUCAGGACGUCAUCUUCAUGUUUCCACUUCCCUUUAGAGAGCUGAAUCUGAUGAAGCAGAAAAAUCUCAGUCUGAUGGAUCUUCUUCAUCACUUUUUCCCAGAAAUAAAAAAAUUACGAUUAAUAGACUGUGAGAUCAACAAAGUCCUGUUCAUCUUUGAUGGUCUGGAUGAGUGUCGACUUCCUCUAAAUUUCCAGAAGAAUGAGAGACUGUGUGAUGUGACAGAGUCAGCCUCAGUGGAUGUGCUGCUGACGAACCUCAUCAAGGGGAAUCUGCUUCCCUCUGCUCUCCUCUGGAUAACCUCUCGACCAGGAGCAGCCAAUCAGAUCCCUCCUGAGUGUGUAGACCAGGUAACAGAGGUACGAGGGUUCAGUGAUCCUCAGAAAGAGGAGUACUUCAGGAAGAGGAUCAGUGAUCAGAGCCUGGCCAAUAAAAUCAUCUCACACAUGAAGUCUUCAAGAAGCCUCUACAUCAUGUGCCACAUCCCAGUCUUCUGCUGGAUCUCAGCCACUGUUCUAGAGAGAAUGUUGGGUGAAGCAGAGCGUGGAGAGAUCCCCAAGACUCUGACUCAAAUGUUCACACACUUCCUGAUCUUUCAGAUCAAACACAAGGACCAAAAGUACCAUCAGAAAUGUGACCCUGAUCCUCAGCAGACCAGAGAGAGUAUCCUGGCACUGGGAAAACUGGCUUUCCAACAGCUGGAGAAAGGAAACCUGAUCUUCUAUGAGGAAGACCUGAGAGAGUGUGGCAUUGAUGUGAGAGAAGUGUCAGUGUACUCAGGAGUGUGUACCCAAAUCUUCAGAGAGGAGUUUGGGCUUCACCUGGGGAAGGUGUUCAGCUUUGUACAUCUGAGUGUUCAGGAGUUUCUGGCUGCUUUAUACGCAUUUCUCUCCUUCAUCAACAAAAAGAUUGCAAAACAACAAACCUGGUCUGAUCUUUUCACCAAGUCAAACAUGUCUGAUUUCCUGAGGAGUGCAGUGGACAAGGCCUUACAGAGUGAGAACGGACACCUGGACCUGUUCCUCCGCUUCCUUCUGGGUCUCUCACUGGAGUCCAAUCAGACUCUCUUACGAGACCUACUGCCCCAGACAGGAAGCAGUUCUCACAGCAAACAGGAAACAGUCAAGUACAUCAAGGAGAAGAUCAGGAAGAAUCCAUCUCCAGAGAAAUCCAUCAAUCUGUUCCACUGUCUGAAUGAACUGAAUGAUCAUUCUCUAGUGCAGGAAGUCCAACAUUACAUGAACAGAGGAGGUAACAGUCGUCUCACUGGAGUCAGACUCUCUCCUGCUCAGUGGUCAGCUCUGGUGUUUGUGUUGCUGAACUCAGAAGAGGAUCUGGAUGAGUUUGAUUUGAGGAAAUAUCAACCAUCAGAUGAAUGUCUUCUGAAUCUGCUGCCAGUGGUCAAAGUCUCCAGAAAAGCUGUGUAG